UACUAACAAAUGGAAUGUCAUUUUUGUAACGAAAUGUUCAGAAGUUAACUUUGAAGGACUAUACAGGAGUGAAAUCUAAUUUUGAUAAUUCUAAAAUAAAUCUCAAGCAACUAAGUUUCUAUUUGUUGUUUCGGGCAGUUUCUAGAAAAAAUGGACUCUGACGAAGAAUCAUUCGAUGAUGUAGACUCUGGUAAUGAAUCUAGUGGUGAUGAUGUUGAUUUUCCAAUGGAAGUGGAAGUUUCAAAUCAAAGAGAAAAACAAAAUGAUUCUGAUGACUAUCCGUUUGAGGUACUCUCAACAGAGGAAAUUGUACAGCAUAUGGUAGAUUGUAUAAAAGAAGUAAACAAUGUGGUUGAAAUUCCUACUACAACUACCAGAAUACUGUUGAAUUAUUUCCGUUGGGACAAAGAAAAACUCAUGGAAAGAUUCUAUGAUGGAGACCAAGAGAAACUUUUUUCUGAAGCAAGGGUUGUUAAUCCAUUCAAAAAACUUAAUAUUAGUUCUUCACGGAAGAGUUUGAAAAGGUCAGGAAAUACUACAGAAGAAUGUGAAAUUUGUUUUACAGUUCUUCCAAAUUCUCAUAUGACUGGCUUAGAAUGUGGGCAUAGGUUUUGCACACAUUGCUGGAGUGAAUAUUUAACAACAAAGAUAAUGGAAGAGGGUGUAGGUCAAACGAUCGCCUGUGCAGCACAUGGUUGUGAUAUUUUAGUUGAUGAUGCAACUGUGAUGAGACUUGUGAGGGACUCGAAAGUGAGACUGAAGUAUCAACAUCUUAUCACAAAUAGUUUUGUCGAGUGCAAUCGUCUCCUACGCUGGUGCCCCACACCAGAUUGCAAUAAUGCUAUAAAAGUUCAGUAUGUAGAACCACAUAAGGUCACAUGUAAAUGUAAUCACACCUUUUGUUUCUCAUGUGGAGAAAAUUGGCAUGACCCAGUGAAAUGCCACUUGCUGCGCAAAUGGAUUAAAAAAUGCGACGAUGAUUCUGAAACUAGUAAUUGGAUAGCUGCCAACACCAAAGAGUGUCCAAAAUGUAAUGUUACAAUUGAAAAAGAUGGUGGCUGUAAUCACAUGGUUUGCAAGAAUCAAAAUUGUAAAGCAGAUUUCUGUUGGGUGUGUCUGGGACCCUGGGAACCUCAUGGUAGUUCAUGGUACAACUGUAAUAGGUAUGAUGAAGAUGAAGCCAAAGCUGCUAGAGAUGCACAAGAAAAAUCCAGAUCUGCAUUACAACGUUACCUAUUCUAUUGCAAUAGAUAUAUGAAUCAUAUGGCGUCCUUGAAGUUUGAGCAUAAAUUGUAUGCCUCAGUGAAAGAAAAGAUGGAAGAAAUGCAGCAGCAUAAUAUGAGUUGGAUUGAAGUACAGUUUCUCAAGAAAGCGGUGGAUAUUCUGUGUCAAUGUAGACAAACUUUGAUGUAUACUUAUGUUUUUGCCUAUUACUUGCAAAAAAAUAAUCAGUCUGUGAUCUUCGAGGAAAACCAAAAAGACUUAGAGAGCGCUACAGAGACUCUGUCUGAAUAUUUGGAGAGGGAUAUAACGUCUGAAAAUUUAGCAGGCAUCAAGCAGAAGGUUCAAGAUAAGUACAGAUACUGUGACAGCCGAAGGAAAGUUCUGUUAGAACAUGUACAUGAAGGAUAUGAAAAGGAAUGGUGGGAUUACAAUGAAUAAACAGUAUAUGUUUAUGUAAUUAUUCAUUCUUCAACUAGAUGGGUCAAUAGUUGUAUAUAAAAAUACCUGUUCAGCUCACAAAUCUAUGCGUCAUUAAAUUAACUUUUACUGUUGUAUAGUUUUAUCUUAAUAUCGAGACAACCAGGGUGAUACCUUAAGAAUUUAUGGAAUGGCCUAACCAUUGGCCACCUUUUUUAAACUAAUAUUAACAACUAUAUGAAAUAUACAAUUAGAUUACAUGAUUUUCAUAUUCUAAAGUUGUUUUUCUUCCAAAGGUGAAUAUUGAAUGGUCAUAUUUUGUUCAUUUAUUUCAUAUAACUGAUCUGUUUGUAAUUACCUUAUGAAGUGAAGUUGUGCUGGUAAAAGGGAUCACCCUGAAAAAUAUUUUUUAAAUAUUUUUUUACUCAAACAUUCCAUAGAUUCAGUGUUCAUUUCACAAGAAUUAAAAAAAAUAAUAAUUGAUAUUAUCGAAAAUUGGUACAAAGACAGUACAAGACCCAUUAAGUUACUGUGCUUACUGUGUUAAAUUUAUAUCCUCAAAAUUCUCCAUGAUUUAUAAUUACAUCAUUAACCAAUUUCUUUUUAAUUAUACUUUAAUUAUAUACUCAAAAGUAAUCAACUUGUGAAACACAAAUUUCUAUGGCUAAUGAUUGGGUUUUUUUAUGAACUUUACAUUUCUAAUUGAAAUGUAUCAAAUUUUUCAGCAUUCUACAAUUUUUUAAUAUUAUCUCUAGUUACUGCCACAUUAGUUCAAUUAUAAAAUUUUAAAUGUGAAUGUGUCCCAUCCACAAAUUUUGUAUUUUAUUUUUGAAAACAGGAGUUUAAUAAUCUAGGGAAUGAAUAUUCAAAAUGAAAUAGGCCAGUGGCUAAGGGCCUGAUUGAGUUGUGUUGCAUAAUAAAAGUGAAUUCAUAUUAUCGGCAAUAUUUGUAACAUAGAUAUAUUUGUGUAAAAAAAUAGAAACUAUUUAAUUUUAUAAGCUGAAAAUGUUCAUUAAAGGAAUUUAUUGAAUAUUAUUUGAUUUAUAAGCAAAAACAUCAUUAUUAAUAUUAUCUGUUCCAGUCCAGGUUGACAUCUGGAUGUACAGGGUGCUCAGGUUAAUUAUUAGAUUUUAAAACUGAAAGUAAUUUAUGUUGGUGCAAUUAUUUUUUUUAAAGUUUGUUUCACUUCCAAUUCUUUAAAGUUUAGGCGUAAUUAUAAGACUUCUCCAAAUAAAAUUGUUUGUUAUGGAACAACAAUAUUGGAAAAUUAUUUUUCAUUGAAAAAAACAAUUUAUUAAGCAUUGCCUACUGACCCAGAUUGUUGCUUCUGUUAGUAGGACUUUAAUUUAUUCUUUCAUCUGAUUAGUUAUCCAGAAUGUGAUUGUACAGAUUAUAAGUUAAUAAAAAAUUAAUGACUA